CGUCCGCUAACUUCCGGUUCCAGGUAUCCCGGAGCGGGCCUGCGGUUCUCUGUCCGGCGGACCGGAGCAGCUCGGCAGUGACGGCGCAGGGCCUCCGGCCUCCUCGGGUCCUCCCCGGUCCUCCCCGGUCCUCCCCGGUCCUCCGUCAGGCUUACCGGAGCUCCUCCUCGGGGGCGGCGCGGCGGCUGACCGGCCGCUGCUGGGACUUCUCCGUCCGGCGGUCCUCCUCCUCUCCCCCGCCUGUUUCGGGUGUUUUUCCGGGACUCCGGGAGUCUCUGCUGGAACCGGAACAUCAGGCUGCGGCUGCUUCGGUGCGAGCGGCGGAGCCGCGAUGGAUCCGAACCGGAUAAUCCAGGCUCUGAAGGGGACCAUCGACCCCAACCUGAGGAUAGCGGCGGAGAACGAGCUCAACCAGUCCUACAAGAUCAUCAACUUCGCCCCCACCCUGCUCCAGAUCAUCGUGUCGGAGCAGGUGGAGUUCCCCGUUCGCCAGGCAGCCGCCAUCUACCUGAAGAACAUGGUGAGCCAGUACUGGCAGGACCGGGAGCCGUCGGUGGGCGAGGUCGUCUUCCCCUUCAACAUCCACGAGAACGACCGGCAGCAGAUCCGAGACCACAUCGUGGAGGGCAUCAUCCGCUGCCCAGAGUCCAUACGCGCCCAGCUGACCAUGUGUCUUCGCGCCAUCAUCAAGCACGACUUCCCGGGCCGCUGGACCGCCAUCGUGGACAAGCUGAGCCUGUACCUGCAGUCCCAGAACAGCGGCGGCUGGUACGGCAGCCUGCUGGCCCUGUACCAGCUGGUCAAGACGUACGAGUACAGGAAGGCGGAUGAGCGGGAGCCGCUGCUGGCCGCCAUGCAGAUCUUCCUGCCCCGGAUCCAGCAGCUCAUCGGCCAGCUGCUGCCGGACGCCACCAUCUUCUCCGUGCUCAUCCAGAAGCAGAUCCUCAAGAUCUUCCAUGCGCUGGUGCAGUACUCGCUGCCGCUGCAGCUCAUCAACAACACCGUCAUGACCCAGUGGAUGGAGAUCCUGCGAGCCAUCAUGGACCGGGACGUUCCAGCUGAGACGCUGGAGGUGGACGAGGACGACCGGCCGGAGCUGGCCUGGUGGAAGUGUAAGAAGUGGGCCCUGCGGAUCAUCACCCGGCUGUUCGAGCGGUACGGCAGCCCCGGGAACGUGACCAAGGAGUACUGCCAGUUCGCCGACUUCUUCCUGAAGACGUACGCGGUGGGAAUCCAGCAGGUCCUCCUGAAGGUGGUGGACCAGCACCGGCAGAAGCUCUACGUCGCCCCCCGGGUGCUGCAGCAGUGCCUCAACUACCUGAACCAGGCGCUGUCCCACUCGCUCACCUGGAAGCAGAUGAAGCCGCACAUGCAGGCCAUCUGCCAGGAGGUCAUCUUCCCGCUCAUGUGCUACAAAGACGAAGACGAGAAGCUGUGGCAGGAAGACCCGUACGAGUACAUCCGCAUGAAGUUCAACCUGUACGACGACCACGCGCUGCCCGUCACCGCCGCCCAGAGCCUGCUGUGCAAAGCCGCUCGCAAGAGGAAGGAGGUCCUGCCCCAGAUGAUGGAGUUCUGCCACCAGACGCUGGUCGACCCGGCCGCCGACCCCCGCCGCAAGGACGGCGCGCUGCACUGCAUCGGCGCCAUGGCCGAGCUGCUGCUGAAGAAGCGGGUGUACAGGGAGCAGAUGGAGCUGAUGCUGCAGAACUACGUCUUCCCGCUGCUGAACUCGCCCAUGGGCUACCUGCGAGCCAGGUCCUGCUGGGUGCUGCACUGCUUCAGCCCGCUGCGCUUCCACGACGAGCUGGUGCUGCGGAACGCCGUGGAGCUGGUCCGGCAGGACCUGCUGGACGACAAGGAGAUGCCGGUCAAGGUGGAGGCCGCCAUCGCCCUGCAGACGCUGGUCAGCAACCAGGAGCAAGCCAAGCUGUACAUCCGGCCGUACAUCCGGCCCGUCAUGCAGGAGCUGCUGCACGUCGUCAAGGAGACGGAGAACGACGACCUGACCAACGUCAUCCAGAAGAUGAUCUGCGAGUACAACCAGGAAGUGGCGGCCAUCGCCGUGGACAUGACGCAGAACCUGGCGGAGAUCUUCACCCGGGUGCUGCAGAGCGAGGAGUACGAGGAGAACGAGGACAAGACGGUGAUGGCGCUCGGCAUCCUCAGCACCAUCGACACCAUCCUCACCGUGAUGGAGGACCACAAGGAGAUCACCCAGAAGCUGGAGGGGAUCUGCCUGCAGGUGAUCGGCCUGGUCCUACAGAAGCCCAUCAUAGGUAUGGCAGAGUUCUACGAGGAGAUCCUGUCGCUGGCCUUCGGCCUCACCUGUCAGACCAUCUCGCCCCAGAUGUGGCAGCUGCUGGGCGUCCUCUACGAGGUCUUCCAGCACGACUGCUUCGACUACUUCACAGACAUGAUGCCUCUCCUGCAUAACUACGUCACCGUGGACACCGACAUGCUGCUGUCCAACCCCAAGCACCUGGAGGUCAUCUACAGCAUGUGCAAGAAGGUUCUGACCAUCGACGCCGGAGAGGACGCGGAGUGUCACGCCGCCAAGCUGCUGGAGGUCAUCAUCCUGCAGUGCCGAGGCCGCUGCAUCGACCAGUGCAUCCCCCUGUUUGUGGAGGCGGUGCUGGAGCGCCUGAUGCGGGGCGUGAAGUCCAGCGAGCUGCGGACCAUGUGCCUGCAGGUGGCCAUCGCGGCGCUGUACUACAACCCGGCGCUGCUGCUCCACACCAUGGACAACAUGCACUUCCAGCACAGCCAGCAGCCGAUCACGGCCCACUUCAUCAACCAGUGGAUGAACGACACCGAGUUCUUCCUGGGCCUCCACGACCGGAAGAUGUGCAUCAUCGGGCUGAGCGUGCUGCUGGAGCUGCCGGGCCGGCCGGCCGUGCUGGAGGCCGUGGCCGACCAGAUCCUGCCCUCCAUCCUGCUGCUCUUCCUGGGCCUCAAGCACCUCUACGCCUCGCGCCUCAUCAACAAGCCCAGCCUGCUGGCCCGGGCCGGGACCCAGGACGAGGACCAGAACGAGGAGAUCCCCAGCGAUGAAGACGAGGUGAGCGAGAACCGGAACGCCAUGCAGCAGUCCUGCAUGUCGGCCGUCCAGGGCGGCGAGGACGAGGACGACGACGAGGACGACUACUGGGACGACGACGGCCUGGAGGGGACGCCGCUGGAGGAGUACAGCACGCCGCUGGACUAUGACAACGGCGAGGACGAGUACCAGUUCUUCACCGCCGCGCUGCUCCGGGUGCAGAACACCGACGCAGCCUGGUACCAGACCCUGACGGCGCCGCUCAGCGACGACCAGAAGAAGCAGCUCCAGGAGAUCUACAGCAUUUCCCAGCAGAGGAGGAGCACGGCGGCCAAGGGCCAGUGAGCCGACUGACGUUCAGUCUGCCCAAUCAGAGGAUGGGAUGAGACGCUGCUGUGACCUGAUCCCAGUCCAGAUCAGACCACAUCCCACCAAAACCUGAUCCUGGGCCCCGGCCCCCCCUGGAAGGAGCUGCACAAGUGGUCUGCUCCAGGUCCAGGAUCAGGUCCUGGUCCUGGUCAGGGUCCCAGCAGUCGGAGUCCUGCUGCACUGACAAGGCCCUGACUGCAGUAGUGCAGUCCAGGACUCCGUGUGUGUGUGUGUGUGUGUGUGUGUGUGUGUGUGUGUGUGUGUGUGUGUGUGUGUGUGUGUGUGGCGCCAGAGAAAGACCUGCAUUAUAAAUAUCAAUGUUCUUGACCAGCAUAAUGAAUUGAAUUUCUUUUUGUACAGUGCAGUCAGUCCCUCGGUGUGUGUGUGAGAGUGUGUGUGUGCGUGUGUGAUUUGUUGAGUUUGCGUGUGUGUGUGUGUCCAGUGCAGUCAGUCAGUGUGUGUGUCAGAGGUCAUGUGUUUGUAGUGCCGUCUCUCUAUAGCCGAACUCAUCCGAUCACGUGGAGCGACGCCGAGUUCCUGUCAGGGUGCCUUGAAUACAGACACAGAGGACGGACAGAGGUCAAAGGUCGCGGGCCUCGGCCUGCAUUGUCACUUGUAAACCGGGAGAAGCAGGUUCCUGUUCUUCUGUUUGUCCCUCGAUUUCAUUUUUGUAACAUUUUUCAGAACUAAUUUAAGAAAAUCAUAAAAUUCAUGUAACAUUU